UGAUGAUGAUGAUGGAGAUGAUGAUGUUGUUAAUGUUACCGAUGAUGAUUUUGAUAAUGAUUAUUUGAACGAUGAUGAUGAUGAUGAUGAUUAUGAUGGUGCUGAUGAUGAUGAUGAUGGUUUGAAUGAUGAUGAAGUUGAUGGCGUUGAAGAUUUGGAUUAUGUUGAUUUGGAUGAUGAUGAUGAUGAAGUUGAUGAUGGUGAUGGUGAUGAUGAUUAUAAUAAUGGUGUUGAUGAAGAUUAUGAUGAAUAUGAUGAUGAUUCGAAUGAUGAUGAUUAUGUGGAUGGUGAUGAGGAUGAUUAUUUGGAUGAAAUUCAUUUGGAUGAAGAUGAUGAUGAUUUGGAUGAUGAUGAAUAUGAAGAUGAUGAUGUAGAUGAUGAAGAAGACGAUGAUUUGGAUGAUGAUGAUGUUGAUGACAAUGAUGAUUUUUAUGAUGAUGUUGCAGAUGAUGAUACUAAUGAUGAUGAUUUGUAUGAUGAUUUGGAUGAUGAUGAUGAUGAUGAUUUGGAUGAUGAUGAUGAUGAUUUGGAUGAUGAUGAUGAUGAUGAUGAUGAUGAUGAUGAUGAUGAUGAUGAUGAUGAUGAUGGUAAUGAUGAUGAUGAUAAUUAUGAUGAUGAUGAUUUGGAUGAUGAUGAUGGUGAUGAUGAUGAUGAUGAUGAUUUGAAUGUUGAAGUUUUGUAUGAAAAUUUGGAUGUUGAUUUGGAUGAUGUUGAUGAUGUUGAUGAUGAUGAUGAUUUGGAUGAUGAUGUAGAUUUAGAUGAUGAUGAUGAUAAUUUGGAUGACGUUUAUGAUGAUUAUGAUGAUGAUAUGAAUGAUGAUGUUGAUGAUGAUGAUAACGAAUUGGAUGCUGAUGAUGACGGUGAUUUGGAUGAUGAUCAUCAUGUUGAUGUUGUUGAGGAUUAUGAUUUGAAUGAUGUUCAUUUG